AUGUUGAGCCGUCAAGUUAUCCGCCCAAUUCUCCAAGCCGCCAGAAAGGGCCACAGCAGCCACUCGCCAUCGGCGGUCACCUACACCGGACAAGGGCCAAACACUUUCGUUAAUGACGGAUGGGCAUCAGCUCGUCUCCCAUUCCACGUCACCAACAAAUGGGGAUUCGCCGCGAAGGCCAUCACCUUCCUCGCCGUCGGAUUCUGGGCACCAUUCAUCGUCGUCGAAUAUCAACUCAGAAAGGCCAACCAAUAA